GAGAGAUGGCUGCCCGCCUGGGAGGCUGCCGAUUGGAAGUCCUGCAAUGUUCGGACCGGCAACUGUGUGCCUGCUGCCGAUAAAAGCUUCCUUCCCUUCGUUGGAGGUCACGGUACGUAACUCUGCCGCGCGCCUUCCUCCAGAUCAUCACUCUGCCUCCAAUUGAUUCCAUCAAGUGGCAGGAAUGCCUUGCUCUUGCCGUCUGAGUGCAGUUGGACCUUCCUUAUUCAGAGAUGCAUUGUCAGCAUCGGCUCAUGAGUGCUUUGCUCCAAGUCAAAGGCUCACCGCCUCAAAGCCCGGUUGCAUUAAAAAGGUUAUGCUUCAAUCGGGUACACGGUAUCAUUCAAUCGGACAAGCCCCACAUGACCGUUUGACGUUCGCAGUGGAUCCCUCCAGAGUCUCCACACUAACCCGACCUCCAACUUCCACUUUGACUUUCACCUCUUUUCCUUCUCCAACCACUGAACCACUUGACCGCAUUGCAUCCAUUUCUGCAACUUUGCGAGUCUGCGAACGACGUCCAGUUUGCAGACCGCAAGGAGGAUUCUCACAGAAGGCUGACUGCGCCAACGAACCGUUCGCAAGAGAACACGAUAUCCAUACCGUAACUCCGUCUUCGGACUCGUCAACCAGCUCGAGCUGUGCUUCAGUCAGACGAUGGAGGGCGCGGGAUGCCGGACAUCCAAGACACAUCUCGGCAGCUCAGCUUACACAGUAUCGAGCCGGUAGAUGUACUAGCGAAGAUGCAUAUCUGCCAUCCUGGCCGAUACAACAAUUUCGUUGCCCGAGAAAGGGCCUAUUUUCUCUUCUUGCCCGACAUGUCUCCAGCGUCGCUCUCGCUUGUACUUUUGGGACGAACUGAUGGGGCCUCUGUGUCAUUUAUCAAACACCCACAGGACGAAACAAGAAGAUCACUGGUGAAUGUCCACCUCGUCACCACAUAUCUCGAAUAUUUCCGCGUAUCCAGCUAGAACCGCCAAGGAGGCUCGAUCCCCCAGUGGCCCCCCAACGGGCAAGGCGCCUGUCUCACCGGCCCUGUCACUCAACCCCGGUCACCGACCGUCCUACGGCUAGCAGCCGACAUGCGUAACCAAGAUUUGCACUCUGAGGUUGAGGUGACAGCUCGACUUGGACCGUCUCUUCUUGAACGAGUACUUUGGGCCCAGACCGAGACUGGGGCCUGAAUCUGGACUGGAUCAGCCCUCAACUUGCCCUUCUGCCCAAAAACAGA